CCAUAAUCCAACCCCAAAAUCUAUUGUGUAUUUCAUCAAGAAAACAUGGAUUUGGUCUUAUCUUCUCUUCAUCUCCGAUUGAUAUUAUUCACUCUUCUCCAACUAAUUGUAAUCCAAAACCAUCUGUUUUGCAAAGCUGAUCCUACUGAUGGUUUCACUCCAAUAACUCUUAGCCAAAGCAACUUCCAAAUUCAAAAGCCUUACGAUGUGUCUAUAAAUCAAAGGUAUUCCUUCAUCAAUGGAGUCCAUAAGAUGUGGGUUUUCAAGACAGACAAGCCUCAUACUCCCACUAGCCAAACAAAACCUCGUACUGAAAUUCGUAUAACGGGACAUGAUUAUUCAUCGGGUGUAUGGCAAUUUGAGGCAUAUGGAUAUGUUCCAAGUGGUACAACUGGUGUGUCAAUAAUGCAAAUAUUUGGAGCAUCAACUUCAGCCACAACCUUAAUGCUAAGAGUUUACAACGGGGACCUCACUAAUGCAAUUGAACCUUGUUGAAUUUGGCAAAACCUUUUGUCCCACAUCGGUGGGAAAAGAAGGGUUGGGGGGAUUUUCCCCCUAUAAAAGAAGGCUUAAUAUUUAGGAUUUA